CCAGAGUAGCCUGGGGAGGAGCUGUCCAGGGCUGCUCAGGUUCUGGCUGGCAGCUGGAUGCCGGCCCUGUCUAGCUGGCUGGGCUACCUCUGGGUCGUUGAGUAAAAGUGAAGCUCUCAACAGACAAACAAGCUUGUGCUAUUGAUGGGCCAGCCUGCAGGCCUCCGAUCACCGUCCCUCUCAGAGUCGAUCAUGGCAAGCACGGCUGCACUUCUCACCUGGGCCCUGGCCCUCCUCUCAGCGUUUUCAGCCACCCAGGCACAGAAAGGCUUCUGGGACUACUUCAGCCAGAGCAGUGGAGACAAAGGCAUGGGGGAGCAGAUCCGUCAGCAGAAGCUGGCACGGGAGCCUGCGAGCCUGAAAGAUAGCCUUGAGCAGAAUCUGAACAACAUGGACAAGUUCUUGGAAAAGUUGGGCCCUCUGAGUGGACAGGGGAGGGAGACUCCCCAGUUCCCACAGGACCCGGUAGGCAUGCGGCAGCAGCUGCAGGAGGAGCUGGAGGAGGUGAGGGCACGUCUGGAGCCCUACAUGGCAGAGGCGCACGAGCGAGUGGGCUGGAAUCUGGAAGAGUUGCGGCAGCAGCUUAAGCCCUACACCGUGGAGCUGAUGGAGCAGGUGGCCCUGCGUGCUCAGGAGCUGCAAGAACAGUUGCGCGUGGUCGGAGAGGAUACCAAGGCCCACCUGAUGGGGGGCGUGGAUGAGGUUAGAAGCUUGCUGCAGGAACUGCAGAGCCGCGUGGCUCACCACACCGGCCGUGUCAAAGAGCUCUUCCAUCCCUACGCCGAGCGCCUGGUGAGUGGCAUUGGGCGCCACGUGCAGGAGCUGCACCGCAGCGUGGCUCCGCACACGCCUGCCAGCCCCAAACGCCUCAGCCGCUGCGUGCAGAUUCUCUCGCGCAAACUCACGCUCAAGGCCAAGGCUCUGCAUGAGCACAUCCAGCAGAACUUGGACCAGCUGCGUAAAGAGCUUAGUGUGUUUGCCCGUGCCAACACCAACCCGGCUGAGGAGGGGGCGGGUCCGGCCCCGCAGGUGCUUUCCGAGGAGGCCCGCCAGCGGCUCCAGGCUUUCCGUCACAACACAUUCCUGCAGAUUGCUGCCUUCACCCACGCCAUCGACAAGGAGACAGAGGAGGUCCAGCAACAGCUGGCCCCACCCCCACCAGGCCACCACGCCUUUGCCCCUGAGUGGCAAACAGACAGUGACAAGGCCUUGAGCAGGCUGCAGGACCGUCUGGACGACCUGUGGGAAGACAUCACCUAUAGCCUUCAUGACCAGGGCCACAGCCAUCUGGGGGAUCCCUGAGGGUCUACUUGCCUGGUCCCGCUCUCCUGCUCCUUGGCCUGGUAGCACACUGGGCCCGAGCUUCUAGCAUGGCCCAGUCUUUAAAAGUGGCCUGUUGGGAGGAGGGUGGAGGGUCCUGUGUAGGUGAGGCCACUGAAGAGGCUGCUGUCCUGGGCACUUCCAGCCUCCUGCAACUCCCCAUCCGGAUGCAUUACACUCACCAGGCCUUGCAAACCCAGCUUCCGGUGCUCAUUUGGGAACCCUCAUGAGUUGUUGCGUUAAGAGGUGGAGGGAGUGGGGAGGUAGAGAGAGCCUAUCUAUGAAGGUCAUUAUCUGUAAGGCUGUUUGUCACGGUGCUGAAAGCCCGAUACCACUACAUCCCAGAGUUUGAUUCUGGUCACUUACGGCUACCUGCUGGCCACUACUACAGUUGGUCCACAGAGGGGAGGUCUUGUCCCCCAGGGCUGCCAUGGCACUUCUGGUGGGGGAACACAAAGGAGAAAUGGGGGGAUAUGACGGGGAGGAUGUAUGAUGGUGUGAGCGUGAGGUCCUGCUGGCUCUGUUGCUGGUGGGUCCGAGCCGUGGUGGCUGUGAGUGGAGGGUCAGAGCACUGCCUGUGUUUCCUUACAUAGUUCUGCAUCUGAGUAAGGGACUGAGCCCUCCAAACUUCGGGGGCUUCUUAAAUUCUUGAGAGUAUACUAUGUGCUCUCCCUAACCCCUCCUUCUUGACUCCCAGACUGAAGCCUAGACUUCUGGCACAAAUGAAAUAGAUGCUUAUGACGGAA